AUGUCCCGUCGCAAGCAGGGAAACCCGCAGCACUUGUCACAAAGAGAGAUUAUCACACCAGAGGCUGACCAUGUGGAACCGGCACUCGCCGACGAGGAUGAGAGUCUGGCAAUAGCAGAGCCAGGUGGCAUCAGCAUCACCACAGGUGGGACAGACCCUGACUUGUUAACCUGUGGACAAUGUCAGAUGAACUUCCCGCUGGGAGACAUCUUGGUUUUUAUAGAGCACAAGAGAAAACAGUGCAAUGGCACUGGUGGUGCCUGCUAUGAAAAGAGCAUGGACAAGAGCAGUCCUCCCCCUUCCUCACGUGCCGAGCUCAGGAAAGUGUCAGAGCCAGUGGAAAUCGGGAUCCAAGUCACACCCGAUGAAGAAGACCGUCUUCUCACGCCUACAAAAGGAAUUUGCCCCAAGCAGGAGAACAUUGCAGGGCCGUCCAGGCCUGCAAACCUGCCGGGGGCUCCCAUAGCUGCCUCCUCCCACCCUCACACAUCCGUGAUAACGUCACCUCUCCGCGCACUGGCCUCCCUCCCGCCCUGCCUUAGCCUGCCCUGCUGUGGUGCACGUGCAGUCUCAGUUGGCGGGACUCAGACUGAGAUUCAGACUGAGACGUCAGGCACAUUUGGAUGUCAUUGUCAGUUGUCAGGUAAAGAUGAGCCUUCAAGCUAUAUUUGCACAACAUGCAAGCAGCCUUUUAAUAGCGCUUGGUUCUUGCUUCAGCAUGCCCAGAACACACAUGGAUUCCGCAUCUACCUGGAAACAAGCCCUUCAAACAGUUCCCUCACUCCACGCAUCACCAUCCCUCCUCCUCUGGGACCGGAGACUGUUGCACAGUCCCCACUGAUGAAUUUCCUUGGAGACAACAACCCUUUCAAUCUUUUGCGAAUGACAGGACCCAUCUUGCGUGAACAUCCUGGCUUUGGUGAGGGUCGGCUCCCAAACACACCUCCGCUGUUUAGCCCACCACCUCGUCAUCAUCUGGAUCCACACCGCCUUAGUGCCGAAGAAAUGGGGUUAGUUGCCCAGCAUCCCAGUGCCUUUGACAGAGUUAUGCGUUUAAACCCCAUGGCAAUUGAGUCUCCAGCAAUGGAUUUCUCCAGAAGGCUUCGAGAGCUGGCAGGAAACAGUUCCACCCCUCCGCCAGUUUCGCCCAGUCGCACCAACCCUAUGCAUCGCCUGUUGAAUCCUUUCCAGCCGAGUCCUAAAUCACCUUUUUUGAGCACCCCACCACUGCCCCCCAUGCCCCCCAGCAGCACUACGCCUCCCCAGCCUCAGGCCAAGAGCAAGUCCUGUGAAUUUUGUGGGAAAACAUUCAAGUUCCAGAGUAACCUUAUUGUGCACCGGCGCAGUCACACAGGGGAAAAGCCCUACAAGUGUCAGCUCUGUGACCAUGCUUGCUCCCAGGCUAGCAAGCUAAAACGCCACAUGAAAACACAUAUGCAUAAAGCUGGCUCCAUGACAGGCAGGUCAGAUGAUGGACUGUCCACUACUAGUUCUCCUGAGCCAGGCACAAGUGAGCUCACUGGAGAGGGACUGAAAUCCAGUGAGGCAGAUUUCAGGAAUGAAAGUGAUCCUUCCCUGGGCCAUGACAAUGAGGAAGAGGAAGAGGAGGAGGAGGAGGAAGAGGAGCUCGAAAAUGAGAGCCGGCCAGAAUCAAGCUUCAGUAUGGACUCAGAGCUGAGUCGUAACAGAGAAAACGGCUCCAAGUCUCUGCCGGACGAGAAAUCCCUCGUCCUGGGAAAAGUCAUUGAGAAUGUAAGUCUAGGUGCCAUCCAGCAAUAUAAUGACAUGCUAGCUGAAAAACAGAAGAGGAGUAGCUUCAUGAAAAGGUCUUCUGACCAGCGAGACUUGUGUCCUCGAGACCUUUGUCAGAGAGAUCCAGGUGACGAAGACUCAGUGGUAGGAGAGCUGGACCGCACUGAGGAAGGGACAGUCAAUGGAAGAAACUUUGGCCCAGGUGAACCCUUCCCAAACUUGUUCCCUCGCAAGCCAACACCUAUCACGAGCCCCAGUUUAAACAAUUCCUCUAAAAGAAUAAAGGUAGAGAAAGAUUUGGACUUGCCACCAGCAACGAUAAUACCUUCUGAAAACGUUUACUCCCAGUGGCUGGUAGGGUAUGCGGCAUCGCGGCACUUCAUGAAGGAUCCGUUCCUUGGAUUCACAGACUCCCGACAAUCCCCCUUCGCAACCUCUUCCGAGCACUCGUCGGAGAAUGGGAGUCUGCGUUUCUCCACCCCGCCGGGGGACAUGCUGGACGGGGGUCUCUCAGGGCGCAGUGGCACAGCAAGUGGAGGCAGCACUCCGCAUAUCAGUGGUCCCGGACCUGGGCGACCCAGCUCGAAGGAGGGGCGCAGGAGUGAUACAUGUGAGUACUGUGGCAAGGUCUUUAAGAACUGCAGCAAUUUGACGGUGCACCGUCGGAGCCACACUGGAGAGCGGCCUUACAAAUGUGAGCUCUGCAACUAUGCAUGUGCCCAGAGCAGUAAGCUGACGCGCCAUAUGAAAACACAUGGCCAGAUAGGGAAGGAGGUAUACCGCUGCGACAUUUGCCAGAUGCCCUUCAGUGUUUACAGCACCCUGGAGAAACACAUGAAAAAGUGGCACGGAGAACAUUUGCUGACAAAUGACGUCAAAAUUGAGCAGGCAGAAAGAAGCUAA